UGUGUAAUUGUUGUGUUCUUUUUGUGUAGUUGUGUAUUUCCAUCGUUCUGGUGUACUGUAGUUGUUGUGUAGUUGUCGUGUUGUUGUGUGUCAGUGUUGGUGUGUGUUGUUGUUGUGUAGUUGUUGUGUCUCAGUGUUGCCCUGUUUCUGUGUCUCUCCAGUCUCGUUGUGUAGUUGUCAGCAGACGCGUCAUGUGAUCCACUGAUCGUCUCAUCACUUGAGCUGCAGACACAGAAGAACAAGCAACAUGGAGCGGAAGCUGGAUCUCUCCCGUCUGACGGAUGAAGAAGCCAAACACAUUUGGGAAGUGAUUCAACGGGACUUUAGCCUCAGGAAGAAAGAAGAGCAGAGACUUGGGGAGCUGAAGACUAAAAUAGAGAAGGAGGACACCAAGCGUGAGCUGCUGGGCUCUCAGAGUAACCUGAGCAGCUCGCUGUGCAUCCGCUGCCUGCAGCCCUUCAAGUUCCUGGUCAACAGCAAGCGCCAGUGUCUGGACUGCCACAUGCACGUCUGCAAGUCCUGCAGCCGCUACAACAAGAAGGAGCACGGCUGGGUGUGUGACAACUGCCGCAUGACCAGGGUCCUGAAGAUCGGGACCGUGGGCUGGUACCACGACAACAUCAGGAACCGCUUCAAGCGCUUCGGCAGCGCCAAGGUCAUGAGGUCGCUGUACAAGCGUCUGAACGGAGACAGUGGGACAGGAGGUCGAGACGAUGACACGCAGAGUAUGCCCGACGUCCGCGGCCACCCGUACAACGGCCUGGAGGAGGAGCACGGAGAGCUGGAGGCGCAGCGCUACAAAGUGAUGCGAAAGGGGAAGCGCCUGCUGUCGGUUCAUCCCAUGGACUUUGACUCGGAGGAUUAUCUACCUCACUCACGACGAGCCUCUGUACAGCAUAUGCAGGAGGAUCGAUAUUACAGGAAUGAUGGGGACCUCGACAUGUACAACCACCGAAUGAGCCGCAGGAAAAGCCUGGACCGCUACGGAGUGAGAGCUGACGACUACGGGGACAGCAGGAUGGUCCGGACCCGCUCCCUGUCUAAGAUCAGCUCGUCUGUGGCCCGGCAGCAGUACGUGGACACGUCGGACGAGGAGGACAACCUGAGAUACGCCCCCAUGUACCAACAGCCCCCCCACCGCCGCAAGAACAGCAGAGCCUCGUCCCACGAGAACCUGGGACAAGCCCCGCCUAUAAACGAGCUGAACAAACGCAUGUCUGCCAUCGAGAGUCUGCUGAACCGCCUGGAGGAGAAGAUCACGCCUGCUGAGCUGGGAUCCUCUCAGUCCUGUCAGAAUGAGGAGGAGAAGCUGAGGCGCAAGCUGAGCGAGCUGGCGGGAAACCUGAGCGACAAAGGCCUGUCCUCAGACGACGAGGCCGGGAGGAAGCCCUUUGCUCUGGGUAAAGGUCAGGCCAGCAUCAAGAGCGGAUCAGCUGCUGCCCUGGACUCAGUGAAGGACAAAGAACUCAGCUCGUCGAGUGAUGAGAUGCCCACCAAGGCUCAGAAGAGAUCCACCGCUGCUGCCCUCUGUGACCUCACCACUGAGGUCCUGAGAACCAUUAAUGCCACAGAACACGCAAUGGUCGAGUACGGCCUCCCACAGCCGGUUGACAGGCCCCACUUAGUAGGGACUGAUGUAAAGCAAGCAGACGGUGCUUUCAGGGAACUUGAGGAAAAUGUGUACAUCACAGCUGGUCAGUCGUACCAGCUGGAAGAAAAACUUCGGAAACUUGAGCAAAGUGCCAAAAACCGCUUUGGAGGAACGACAGACUCUGAACUGUCUGAGCUGGAGGACGUGGUGGCACUGACUGCAGCCAGAGUCCAGAGUGCUGAGAGUGAGGUUUCUGAUAUAGAGACUAAACUUGCUGCUUUGAGUGGGUCAGGAUCCAGGAAAAAGGUUUCUGGAUCCCACCAGAGGAAGAAGCCGCCGCAGGACUUCCCCAAAACAGCAAAUGGAGCUCAAUGGAAAUCCAACAACUUCUACUGAAGCUGGAAGCAUUUCCUUUAAAGGCCUCUCAUUUCUGCAUCUGCUCACUUGUUUUCUCUGCUUUGCUUCUUUUGUUGUAUCCUGCAAACGUUUGUUGUUACUGCUUUUUAGUCGAUAGAAGGUAGAAGUUUGUUGUUUGUUUAACUGAAGCUAAUUUUAAUCACACACACACACACACACACACACACACACACACACACACACACACACACACACACACACACACACACACACACACACACACACACACACACACACAUUAGCAUAAACGUGCUACCAAGACAUUGUCAGGAUUGAGUAACUAAUGAUUUAUUGGUGUUAUCAACUUCUUUUAGGAUCAUUUAGAAACCAAUGAUGGACUUCAACUUUAAUUAAUGUGGUGUUUUGUGAAAUGUCAGUAUUUAUUUUUGUGAUUUAUUGGUCAAAGACUAUAUUUUCUCCAUAGUAAUGAAAAUCACCAACAAAAUGGCACCUUUCAACUAUUUCGCUGCUCUAAAUAUAACUAUUAAAUUCCCGGUGAGGGUUUUUUGUUUUUACCCAUUUAGAUUACAGAUAUAUUUAUUAGAAAACAAUUCACAAAACACAAUAAGAGUUCAGUUGAGUAAUUGAAUUAUUUUUAGUUUUCAUCACUAUAAACAUAAUUACCGAGAAAAGAAACGUUGUCCUGGGAAAUGUAUCAAAACGCUCAUGGGCAGCUCUACAAGCAGACAGACAGACUAACAACAAACAAACUAACACAGACAGUACAAACGAAGAGGAACCACACUACAUGAACAUAAACUACAGAAAUCAGGAAGCGUAACAUUGAUUUACCAAUAGGAAUACAGACAACAAACACAAGCCAACAGAGAAACAUACUGUACAGCAGUAAGCAGUAGUCAAACGCUGUCCCACCAGCUGCCAGCAUGUCUUACUCCUGUCUGAAAGCUCCUGAUUAUCUAUUAUCAAAAUGGAUCUGGAGAAAAUAUGAAAACUCUACACCUA